AUACAUGACAGCUGUCCGUCACUUCAUCUCAAUUGGAUACAUUCACCGCCAGAUGCAUCACCGCCAAGUACAACUAGCUCUCUCCACUUCCAUCUCUAACUAAUACCUCCAGUUGCAGAUACUUGCCCUCCAGAGAGCAAAGCAACACUUCUUCUCUUCCUCGUCGAGAAAGGAACUAGAAAUACUUCUAAGUUCCGAUCUUUAAUUCAACACCAUAACUUACAGGCAACAUUCAUUCAUUCAUUCUUCUUCUGCUUCUUUAUCCAGAAAAGGAAAAAAAAAAAAAAAAGCAAUCAGAUGCCUGAUUUGAAAAUGAGAUUUUAAUCAGAUCCAAAACCUCCAUCUCGACCAGUAAAAUCAAAUGGGGCACCUAAAUCUGCCCGCGUCUAAAAGAAACCCUAGGCAAUGGAAGCUUCUUGACCUGGUAUCCGCUGCAUUUUUCUUCUUAGUAUUUCUCUUCUUUCUUCUAGUCUUCACUCCACUAGGCGAUUCUCUGGCUGCUUCCGGUCGUCAAACUUUACUUCUUUCCACGUCGGAUCCACGUCAGCGUCACCGUUUAGUGGAGCUGAUAGAGGCAGGGCGGCAUACUCAGACAAUCGAAGCAUGCCCUGCGGAGUCAGUUGAUCACAUGCCGUGUGAAGAUCCAAGGCGCAAUAGCCAAUUGAGUAGAGAUAUGAAUUUUUAUAGAGAGCGUCACUGUCCGAUUCCUGAUGAGACUCCUCUCUGUUUGAUCCCUCCUCCUAAUGGUUAUAAGAUUCCCGUCCAGUGGCCCCAGAGUUUGCAUAAGAUAUGGCAUGCGAACAUGCCACACAAUAAAAUUGCUGAUAGGAAAGGGCAUCAGGGAUGGAUGAAAGAGGAUGGUGAAUAUUUUGUAUUUCCUGGUGGUGGCACUAUGUUUCCCGAAGGAGCUAUUCCUUAUAUUGAAAAGCUUGGACAGUAUAUCCCUAUAAGCAGUGGUGUUUUAAGGACUGCCCUUGACAUGGGAUGUGGGGUCGCUAGUUUUGGAGGAUAUUUAUUAAAGGAAGGGAUUUUAACCCUCUCAUUUGCUCCUAGAGAUUCACAUAAAUCUCAGAUACAAUUUGCACUGGAAAGAGGAAUUCCAGCAUUUGUUGCUAUGCUUGGCACUCGUAGACUACCAUUUCCUGCUUUCUCAUUUGACUUGGUGCAUUGCUCUCGGUGUUUGAUCCCUUUCACAGCAUAUAAUGCAACUUACUUUAUGGAAGUGGAUCGAUUACUUCGCCCUGGAGGAUAUCUAGUCAUAUCAGGUCCUCCUGUUCAGUGGGCUAAACAAGAUAAAGAAUGGGCAGAUCUCCAGGGUGUGGCAAGGGCACUGUGCUACGAGCUGAUUGCUGUGGAUGGAAACACUGUCAUCUGGAAAAAACCUGUUGGAGAUUCAUGCCUGCCUAACCAAAAUGAGUUUGGGCUUGAACUAUGUGAGGAAUCAGAGGACCCUAGUCAGGCCUGGUACUUCAAAUUAAAGAAGUGUUUGAGUAGGAUACCUUCUGUUGAGGGAGAAUAUGCUGUUGGAACAAUUCCUAAGUGGCCAGAUAGGCUGACGGAGGCUCCUUCAAGAGCCAUGCGCAUGAAAAAUGGGAUUGAUUUGUUUGAGGCUGACACACGACGCUGGGCUAGGAGGGUGACAUACUAUAGGAACUCAUUGAAUCUGAAGCUAGGGACUCAAGCUAUUCGCAAUGUCAUGGAUAUGAAUGCAUUUUUUGGGGGUUUUGCUUCAGCGCUUUCAUCUGAUCCGGCAUGGGUGAUGAAUGUUGUUCCUGCUGGCAAGCUGUCAACUCUGGAUGUAAUUUUUGACCGAGGCUUGAUUGGAGUCUACCAUGAUUGGUGUGAGCCUUUCUCAACAUAUCCUCGCACUUAUGAUCUCAUCCAUGUAGCUGGCAUUGAAUCACUGAUAAAAGGUUCAAGCAAGAACAGGUGUAACCUUGUGGAUUUAAUGGUGGAGAUGGAUCGGAUAUUACGCCCAGAAGGAACUGUUUUGAUUCGUGAUACUCCUGAAGUAAUUGACAGAGUGGCUCACGUGGCUCAUGCUGUAAAGUGGACGGCCACCAUACAUGAGAAAGAACCUGAGUCACACGGGAGAGAAAAAAUCAUGGUUGCAACAAAAAGCUUUUGGAAGCUUCCUUCAGCAUCUCACUGACACAUUAGUUCUUUGUAAUGUACUUUUUCCCUUCUUUUGUAUUAAUUCUAAUAUGAUAACAAUGUGUAAUCUGCAUGCAUAAAAUGGGUGCAGAUUCAUUUCUUGAUCUUCUGCUUUGAUUAUAUGAAGAGAUGGUAGGAAGUACAAAAAGAUGGAGAGAUGCAUUCCCUUUUUUUGUGUGUUUAGAAUAGGUAUAGCUGAAGCAAUGAUAAAGUCAGAUUGUUAUAUUAUUUUAUUUAUCACCGGCAAUUUGGUCCCUCAA